AUGAACCAAGCGCAUCCGCCCAACCCAGUCCGACUUGACGGGCGUAAGCUGGAAGGGGGAGGCCAACUGGUCCGCAUAGCAGUCGCCCUGUCCGCCCUCACAGGUCAAGCCGUUACAAUCGACAAUAUCAGAGGCAACAGGACCGGAAAGCGAGGCCUCAAAGCCUCGCACCUGGCUGCGAUCCAGACCCUCGCAGAGCUGAGCGGCAGCACGCUCGUCAAGGCCCAGGUUGGCUCAUGCUCGAUAGGCUUCUACCCCCCGCGCGAGCGAGAAGAAGCUCGCCAGAUCAACUCUGAAAUCAACAUCCGCCUACCAACCCCGGGAUCCGUCUUCCUGGUGUUUCAGGCGCUCUACCCGUAUCUUCUGCGCUCCACUCCUACGGAGCAAAUCCGCCUGAGCAUCACCGGGGGCACGAACGUCUCGUCGUCGCCAUCAUACGACUACGUCGCCCAAGUGCUGAUACCUAAUUUCGCGAGGAUCGGACUGCCGCCGCUCUCUGUGCGUUUGGAAAAGCGCGGUUGGGCAUCAGGGCAGGGCCACUUGGGUUUGGGCAGUGUGGUUUUUGCGGUCGAUACUCUGUGGAGAAGGGAUGCGAAUGGCGGGGCACCGGGCCACGAGAUCCCUUUCCCCUCUGUUGAUCUGCGGUGCCGACGGGGGAAAAUCUCUAGGAUCGACAUUACAGUGCUUGCCCCUGAUGAUCAGCUCGAUACCGACGCUGCGGGAGCGGGAGCCCUGGGAACCAAAGUGUCGGGAUCAUCGAGACGUCGCGUUCGGCAGGAUGCAGCUGCUCAGCUUGGUGGAAGUGAGAAGCCGGAGUCUGUCCGGGAAUUCAUGGAGCGGUAUGCGCAUAGAGCUCUUCACAAACGGCUGAAGGAGUUACCCCGAGACAUCUUUCUCCAACAUUCAUCUGAAGGAAGUAGUCUGCAAGAUGAACACCAUGGCAUUCCCAUCGAGACCCAUACCACUGAAGCCACGCAUCACCGCUCAUGCAUGCACGUGCUGAUGGUAGCUCACACUUCAACCGGGUUCAAGCUCGGGCGCGAAGCAUUAUACGGCUCGCUGGGAGAGAAACCAAGAGCGAAAAAAGGACAGAACAGGCCCCGGGUGGAUAUGAGGGAUAGAGUCAAGGGACUGGUGGAUGAGUGUGUGGGAAGCUUCAUACGUGAGCUUUAUGACCCCUUGCUGCAAGCUCAAUCAGACACCCCCGAAACCGCUCGGCAUCAGCCUUGCGUGGAUGAGCAUAUGAGAGACCAACUCGUCAUAUUUGAAGCACUGGCGAGAACGUCCGGUGAUAAGGCUCAAGAGUGCGAUGGUCGGGAAGACGAGCGAUAUUGGAGUCUUCACACAAAGACGGCGCAAUGGGUGUGUCGAGAAAUGCUUGGAUCCGGCGAGUAA